AUGGGUGAGUUUCAAUAUAUUCAAAAUAUUGAACCAUUUUUUGAUUAUUUUAUAACAACAUGGGUAGAUGAUAAUGCAAUGUUUGAUUAUUCAUUGUGGAAUUAUUUUGAUUUCUUAAGUCAUCGUACUAACAACAACGUCGAGGGAUGGCAUUGCAGACUAAAUUCUUCGCUUUAUCAUGUUCAUCAUCCAAAUUUUUACGUAUUUCUUAAUAAUUUAAAAGAAGAUUUUGCGUUCAAUACGGCUAUUAUAACACAAACUUCUGCCACUGGUGCAACACCAUCACGUAAAAAAUUAUAUGUUCAACGAAAUACGCGCAUUCUUGAUUUGGAAAAAAGAUAUGAAGAACACAAAUUAACAUUAAAUGAAUUUCACGGCCGAAGUAUGAAACUGAUUGGUAUUAAAAAAUUCUAA